CUUUACGAAAUCGAGGCUCUGGCAACAAGUAAACAACAUGGCGGACGAGGAAAACUUUAUUUCGUAUAAAAAGGAGAACUGAAAACACUAGAACUUAGAAGCUGAUGAGAGAUAGUGUUCAUUUCUGAUAGCAGAGCCAGCACGAUGCCCGGAACGAAAGUUGGGAUCGAAGAGAUCCCCCUUCUCACCUCUGAUGGCGAACCGAAAAAGGAUGCUGAACAUGAUGAAGAAAGUGACGCCAUACCAGAUAAUCCAGAAGAAGACAAAAUUUUGUUUGCUGAGGGCCAGAGACGUGGGACAAACCUCCUUAUCAGUGAUGCCAUCAUUCUUAUCCUUGAGGCCUUACAGUUCUUUGCUCUUAUCCAGUCCUUAUCUUUCCGAUGGGCUUGGCCCGUCGACUGGUUGAACAGUUUCAGCUUCCUCUUUGCAUUCAACUUGGACAUCUGGGAAAUGGUGAAAAUUUCAACCAAUGGCACCUAUAAAAGUGUCAAGUUUUACAACACGCCCAGUGGUGCUGUUCCAUUAGAAUACUGGCAGAUGGUUUUGAUGUGGUCUCUGAUCUGCGCCCUGGGUGGUAUUGCAUUCAUUGCCGCAUACUCUACCAUGAGAAAGAAGAAGUCUUCAUACAUGUUGAUUCAGAUUGCAGUGUUACAGAAAGUGUAUGUGAUUGCAAUACAAGUGACUGCCAUACCUGUUGGCGUCAUGGUUGGCAAACUUUUCCACUGCGCCGACAGCGGUAUGGUAGACGUCAGUAAUGACUUGUACUGCUUCCAGGGGGCCCACUGGGCAUACCUUUUUCCAAGUAUCUUAUUCCUUCUUGCCUUCUACAUCCUCUUCCCUGUCUGGUUGAUCAAAACCACCAAGAAAGAAACCCUUGGUUUGAAACACGAUAGCCACGAAGGUUACCUCCAACUGAAAGAGACCGAGUACCUUCAAGGAAUGGACAUGAUCUACAUUGUCGCAAACUACCACGUUUUCUCUUCAUUCCGGAAGAGCGGCACACACUAUCGGGCUUUUGUCCACAUCUUGAAAUUUGUCGUCGUCAUCUUCUAUGCACUCCUGUUUCAAUACGUUAACAUUCAAGCAGUUGUUCUGACUCUGAUCUUCUUCUUCAUGUUCCUGGCAUGCGUGCUCAUCCGUCCAUUCAGGGUACAGAUCUUUAACACAAUGUUGAUCCUGAAUUACUUCAUGCUGUGUGCAAACUCGUUGAUUGGGGCCAUGAUUGCCUCUUUCAACUCUUAUAACGUCCAGUCAGUUUGGUUCACCCCAGAUUACAGUUUCUAUGUCCUGAUAUUCAUUCAGGGUCUCUGGUUCUUGUUGACAUUGAUAUUCUUGUUAUAUAUAACGUUGAGGCACUUCAUGCUGUGCGUCUGUGUGAAGCGUCCGCUCUGGCCCUCUAUCAUGUCUAAUGGGCUGGACAACAUCAGCGCCACGACCAAGAAGUACAUCAGAGGAACACUGAGGGCAAGGCUGGUUCUGGAUAAGGCAUUGAGUAUGCCACCUCUGUUCGCUCCAGUGCAUGAGUUGGCACGCCAGAUCCAGAUUAUCAAUGCGUACACCCGUGAGGCUGAGAUGAUGAAGGACCCUCUCCACGAUACCCUCUGGGAUCUCCUUGAUGAGCUGAUUGAUGUUCACUCCAGCUUGUCGCCAAAGUCUCUCUUCUCAGAGAGUAUCAAAGACAGCAUCCGUGAGACAGCCAACAAGUUGAUGAAGAUGAUGCCGGUCUUUGCCAAGAAAGUGAAUGAGCGGGAUUAUGACUUCAUCCUCGUCAAUCCUGUCAAGAAGAGGAUGAUCCUAAAGAUGUACUGUCUUGGCAUCUUCUUGAAUGGACGCAGUGACAAACUGAAGAAAGAAAGACAAUACAAAUCAGCGAUGCUGAAACUGUACACACAUGAGGACAGAAAUGAAGUUGACGAUGGCUAUUAUGAAGACAUGUACCCAGCUGCGCCCGAAAUCAACCCACAGUUGCGAAAGAACUUCACUGGCGUGAUCAUCGACCUUGAAAGUGAUGCCGAAGACGACCGUUACUUGGAAGAGGUCGAGAACUGGACCUCCAUGCAUCCCAUGUCCAGGCCUGGCACCUCCAAUACCAAUGAUGAGAUCAAUACCAUCUUGAGUUCUGAUGAUAGUAUCGACUUUAAUGCCCUCAUGGCUGGUGUGCCUAGCCUGCCUGGUACACCACCUACUAGUGCCAGGAGUCUUUAUUCUCCAGGAAGAGGGACCAUCACACAGACAACGACCAUGAGACUCGGUACACUUGAGGAGCAGCCGACAUAUGAAGACAGUCCUCUCAUUGAAGAGAUCACCUACCCUGGUAGCAGUGCUGGCUUCGACAAUGACGCAUUCAACGAAGUGGAACCAGAGGAGGAAGUCGACUUUGGUGAAAUAGAGGGCGCACCCAGUCAUGAUGGCGAUGAGAAGAAACCGAGUAAACCUAAGGGGAAAAGCAAGAGGAAGAAAUCGUUGUCCAAGAAAUCGUCUAAGAUGUCGCUUUCUGGUGGUGAACCUCGCGCUGGACGCAGGACAUCGGUCACAAGCAUCUCAAGCUUCAAGGCUCCGUCUGAUGUUUAGAGUUUUAUCAGCUGAGGUGUUUGUAGACUGACAUGAACUAGAGUAUUAUCAGCUGAGGUGUUUGUAGACUGACGUGAACUAGAGUAUUAUCAGCUGGUGUAUUGUUAGAUAUAGACACACAUGAGCAUUAGGUUUGAUGCAAAUGAUGUUUGGCUCCCAACAUUUUUGAUGCAUGUUCUGGGAGUCCUCAGAUUCACCGUGUUAUUUCAGGGUAUUGAUAUAUCUAGUCUGUUCCUCUUUUACUAUUGUCUGAAGCAAUGUCCAGUCGAGAGUUUAUAUAGUUAAGAGUCUGGGGUGAUCUAUUUCAAAGCCCAUCAGUGAAGUAUUUUGAGUACAUUAUAUUUAUAUGUACAUGUAUAUAGAUGAAUUUAUAGCACUGACAAUCAAAAUGUCUACAUGUAUGACUUUCGGUUUCGUUUCCAUGCUCCAUAUGGUGCUGUCCUCAGAACUAAGUCAGUGGAUUCCCUCUACAAUAUUUAAAUGAGAAUAGCAUUUUUUCAAUAUUUUUGAUGAAUUAUCCAAAAACAAAAGGAUUACCAGGACAGUAUUGCCUUAACAAAACUAUGUGAGUCGAUCUCACUUCUUUGAUUUAAACAGUAGGCCUACAUGUUUAGGUUGCUCUGCCACAUUUUCUGUAAAGACAUGCUUGACUAGUCUUGUGAUAAUCAAAUCUGUGAUCUUGGCUGGAUCCAAGAUCUUUUGUAACUUCGGAUGUGUUUUAAGGUGUCAAGAUAUUUUAACUUUGUGAUAGCUAGUCAUAUCUGCUGCAAUUUUUGAUUGAUUUUUGUUCAUAAGCUCGUGAAAAAGUGGUGUUGACAACACGUACCGUCUUCGGUCGAUUGUGCAUGUAUUGUUGGCAACUACUUUUUCAAAACACAAAUCAGUCCUGAUUGAUCCGUCCAGUAUUUAGUCCUCUUACAGAUUAAAUUGAAGUAUUGAUGCUUAUGUUUUCAUGACAUGAUUUACACAACGUCCACAAAAGGAUUAAAAUAUUCAAGCAAUUUAUUACAGUAAUUUACGCUUAUAUUUUGAUAUUUUUGACAAAUAAUGUAAUCCAAUGUAUUCUAUUAUAAAAAUCACUAAUUUUGAUAUAUAUGUAAUAAACGUAAU